AUGACUUGGCAUAUCUUUGAGGGCGGGGUGCGGCUAGUUGCACAGCCCACAGUGUGGCGCGGCCAGUGCUACCUGGCCGACCCCUUUUUGCUAUUCGGCCGACGCCUUUUUGCUAUUUGGCCGACCCUCCCCCUGCAGUCCCUUCACCGCGUUCUAAUUAGCUCACUUAUCGGGUCGACUCCUCCGGGCAUUCACUCUCACGUGUAUUUGCACGUGCAGCUCUUAGUAGAGCACUACAACCUAGGAUCAGCAACUCAUAUGCCAGUAACGUAUCAGGAUGGCAUGCUGAUACAGGAGGAAGUAACAGGUAGUGCAAUAGCAGUGCUGCAGCACGGUAUCAGUACUGUAUCAAGUAACAGGAUGACUCAGGGUUUCCGGCCUACGUGCCUAGCCAAUUACAACUUCUACAGAGAGGGGUUGGGGUACGGUGGCCUACCCUGCCUACCGCUGCCUACUGCUGCCUCUAAUUAG